AUGGCAGACUCGAGCAACAACCACCCGAAGACCCUAAAUUUUAACGUGGGGGUACUUGGGCAUGUCGACAGCGGGAAGACGUCGCUUGCCAGGGCUCUCAGCAGCACAGCGUCCACGGCUGCCUUUGACAAGAACCCGCAGUCCCGAGAGAGAGGCAUCACCCUGGAUCUAGGCUUCUCCUCCUUCACCGUGGACCUCCCCGAGCAGCUGCGGGCGGUGUCCGGGGGCCGCGGCUACGACAACCUGCAGUUCACGCUGGUGGACUGUCCUGGACACGCGUCCCUCAUUCGCACCAUCAUUGGGGGUAAGAGAAGCGAAUGAGGAUAAUCUCGUGUUACUGUUUUAACUGCAAAAAUAAAUCGAUGCCCUAACAACAGUGGCAGGACAGCAAAUUCUCAGGUGUUGACACUUGUUUAACAGUGGAGAUCCCAUCACUCACACAAUGGCGGCAAGAUUUACACCACUCCAGCCGACGCUUGGCAUUGCGCAUGGUGAUUUAAGGCUUGUGUGGCUGGUCGGCCAUGGAAACCAUUUCACGAAGCUCCCGACGAACAGUUAUUGUGCUGACGUUACUUCAAGAGUCAGUUUGGAUCUCGGUAGUGAGUGUUCAACCGAGGACAGACAAUUUUUACGUGAUUCAGUACUCGGUGGUCCUCUUCUGUGAGCUUGUGUUUUUUAAAUAAUUUUUUUAUUUAAGCAGGUAAACCAGUUGAGAACAAGUUCUCAUUUACAACUGCGACCUGGCCAAGAUAAAGCAAAGCAGUGUGAUAAAAACAACAACACAGAGUUACAUAUUGGGUAAACAAAACAUAAAGUAAAAAAUACAACAGAAAAUAUAUAUACAGUAUGUGCAAAUGUAGCAAGUUAUGGAGGUAAGGCAAUAAAUAGGCCAUAGUGCAAAAUAAUUACAAUUUAGUAUUUACACUGGAAUGAUAGAUGUGCAAGAGAUGAUGUGCAAAUAGAGAUACUGGGUUGCAAAUGAGCAAAAUAAAUAACAAUAUGGGGAUGAGGUAGUUGGGUGGGCUAAUUUCAGAUGGGCUGUGCACAGGUGCAGUGAUCGGUAAGGUGCUCUGACAACUGAUGCUUAAAGUUAGUGAGGGAGAUAAGUCUCCAGCUUCAGAGAUUUUUGCAGUUCGUUCCAGUCAUUGGCAGCAGAGAACUGGAAGGAAUGGCGGCCAAAGGAGGUGUUGGCUUUGGGGAUGACCAGUGAGAUAUACCUGCUGGAGCGCAUACUACGGGUGGGUGUUGCUAUGGGGACCAAUGAGCUAAGAUAAGGCGGGGAUUUGCCUAGCAGUGAUUUAUAGAUGACCUGGAGCCAGUGGGUUUGGCGACGAAUAUGUAGUGAGGACCAGCCAACAAGAGCAUACAGGUCACAGUGGUGGGUAGUAUAUGGGGCUUUGGUGACCAAACGGAUGGCACUGUGAUAGACUACAUUCAAUUUGCUGAGUAGAGUGUUGGAGGCUAUUUUGUAAAUGACAUCGCCGAAGUCAAGGAUCGUUAGGAUAGUCAGUUUUACGAGGGCAUGUUUGGCAGCAUGAGUGAAGGAGGCUUUGUUGUGAAAUAGGAAGCCGAUUCUAGAUUUAACUUUGGAUUGGAGAUGCUUAAUGUGAGUCUGGAAGGAGAGUUUACAGUCUAACCAGACACCUAGGUAUUUGUAGUUGUCCACAUACUCUAGGUCAGACCCGCCGAGAGUAGUGAUUCUAGUCGGGUGCCAGCAGCGUUCGAUUGAAGAGCAUGCAUUUAGUUUUACUAGUGUUUAAGAGCAGUUGGAGGCUACGGAAGGAGUGUUGUAUGGCAUUGAAACUCGUUUGGAGGUUUGUUAACACAGUGUCCAAUGAAGGGCCAGAUGUAUACAAAAUGGUGUCGUCUGCGUAGAGGUGGAUCUGAGAGUCACCAGCAGCAAGAGCGACAUCAUUGAUAUACACAGAGAAAAGAGUUGGCCCGAGAAUUGAACCCUGUGGCACCCCCAUAGACUGCUAUAGGUCCAGACAACAGGCCCUCCGAUUUGACACAUUGAACUCUAUCUGAGAAGUAGUUGGUGAACCAGGCGAGGCAGUCAUUUGAGAAACCAAGGCUAUUUAAUCUUCCAAUAAGAAUGUGGUGGUUGACAGUCGAAAGCCUUGGCCAGGUCGAUGAAGACGGCUGCACAGUACUGUCUAUUAUCGAUCGCAGUUAUAAUAUCGUUUAGGACCUUGAGCUUGGCUGAGGUGCACCCAUGACCAGCUCGGAAACCGGAUUGCAUAGCGGAGAAGGUACGGUGGGAUUUGAAAUGGUCGGUGAUCUGUUUGUUAACUUGGCUUUUAAAUACUUUCGAAAGGCAGGGCAGGGGCAAGUUGCAGCGGAGGGUGCAGAGCUGGUGGCCGGGGUAGUGGUAGCCAGGUGGAAAGCAUGGCCAGCCGUAGCAAAAUGCUUGUUGAAAUUCUCGAUUAUUGUAGGUUUAUCGGUGGUGAUAGUGGUUCCUAGCCUCAGUGCAGUGGCAGCUGGGAGGAGGUGCUCUUAUUCUCCAUGUACUUUACAGUGUCCCAAAACUUUUUGGAGUUAGUGCUACAGGAUGCACAUUUCUGUUUGAAAAAGCUAGCCUUUGCUUUCCUAACUGCUUGUGUAUAUUGGUUCCUAACUUCCCUGAAAAGUUGCAUAUCGUGGGGGCUAUUCGAUGCUAAUGCAGUAUGCCACUGGAUGUUUUUGUGCUGGUCAAGAAAGUCAAGUCUGAGGAGAACCAGGGGCUAUAUCUGUUCUUAGUUCUGAAUUUUUUGAAUGGGGCAUGCUUAUUUAAGAUUGAGAGGAAAGCACUUUUAAAGAACAACCAGGCAUCCUCUACUGACAGAAUGAGAUCGAUAUCCAUCCGGGAUACCUGGGCCAGGUCAAUUAGGAAGGCUUGCUCGCUAAAGUGUUUUAGGGAGCGUUUGACAGUGAUGAGGGGUGGUCGUUUGACCGCGGACCUGUUACGGACGCAGGCAAUAAGGCAGUGAUCGCUCAGAUCCUGGUUGAAGACAACGGAGGUGUAUUUAGAAGGUCAGGAUGAUAUCUAUGAGGGUGCCCAUGUUUACAGAUUUAGGGUUGUACCUGGUAGGUUCCUUGAUAAUUUGUGAGGUUUAGGGCAUCUAGUUUGGACUGUAGGAUGGCCGUGGUGUUAAGCAUUUCCCAGUUUAGGUCACCAAGCAGUACGAACUCUGAGGAUAGAUGGGGGGCAAUCAAUUCACAUAUGGUGUCCAGGGCACAGCUAGGGGCUGAGGGGUGUCUGUAGCAAGUGGCAACAGUGAGAGACUUAUUUCUGGAAAGGUGGAUUUUUAGAAGUAGGAGCUCAAACUGUUUGGGCACAGACCUGGAUAGUAUGAUAGAGCUCUGCAGGCUAUCUCUACAGUAGAUUGCAACUCCACCCCCUUUGGCAGUUCUAUCUAGGCGGAAAAUGUUGUAGUUGGGGAUGGACAUUUCUGAAUUUUUGGUGGCCUUCCUAAGCCAGGAUUCAGACACUGCUAGAACAUCAGGGUUGGCGGAGUGUGCUAACGCAGUGAAUAACUCAAACUUAGGGAGGAGGCUUCUGAUGUUAACGUGCAAGAAGCCAAGGCUUUUACGGUUACAGAAGUCAACAAAUGAUAGCGCCUGGGGAGUAGGAGUGAUACUGGGGGCUGCAGGGGUUAACCUCUACAUCACCAGAGGAACAGAGGAGGACUAGAAUAAGGAUAUGGCUAAAGGCUUUAAGAACUGGUCUUCUAGUGCGUUGGGUACAGAGAAUUAAAGGGGCAGAUUUCCGGGCGUUGUAGAAUAGAUUCAGUGCAUUAUGUACAGACAAGGAUAUGGAAGGAUAUGAGUACAGUGGAGGUAAACCUAAGCAUUGGGUAACAAUGAAAGAGAUGGCAUCACUGGAGGCACCGAUUGAGCCGGUCUCCGCGUGUAUGGGGGGUGGAACGAAGGAGCUAUUUGAGGCAGUUUGAGAGGGACUUGGGGCUCUACAGUGAAAUGGUAUAAUAAGAGCCAACUGGAACAGCAAUAGGCAAGGCAUAUUGACAUGGGAGAGAGGCAUAAAGCAAUCACAGGUGUUAUUCAAGAGAGCUAAGACAACAACUGGCGAUGAAAGUUUGGGCUGAGGCUAAACAGAUAAACAGGACAGGGUACUGUGUAAAAGGAACAGUCCAGCAGGCAUCAGCUGUGCAGCUGAGUGAUCAUAAGGUCCAGUGAACAGCAAUAUGUGAGUCCGAGAGCAGUUCAAAUUGGUGCUACAGCACAGGCGAGCAGGAAGCACGGCUGUUGAAUUGCGUGUGCUAGCGGGCCGGGGCUAGCAGAUGGAUCUUCGUGGUCGUCGCAACGGGAAGCCUGUUGAAACCACAGACGAUUACGUUGGCAGACCAGUCGUGAUGGAUCGGCGGGGCUCCGUGUCAACACUAGGAAGUCCCGUCCGGUUGACAGAGAGGUAGAUAGCCGGGAGAUGGGCCUGACUCGAGGCUAGCUCAAGGCUGAUUAGCCAACAACCACAUCCAUUCGGUUGCAGCUAGCUAGUUGCGAUGAUCCGGUGUUAAAGGUCCAGUGAUUCAGUGAUUCCGGCAGAAAAUCCGGUAUGUUCUGGGUCAAUAACGCGCUGUGCAGACAGUGCAGACUGGCCGAUAAUAGUCCAGGCUAGAGCUGGCUGGUAGGUAGUGCAGGCCACGGACAAUGGUGAAAAACCACUAACGGUGGCUAAUAGCAAGUAGCUAGUUAGCUGGCUACUCCCGUCCAGUAGACCGAGAGGUAGAUAGCCGGGAUAUGUGCCUGGCUUGAGGCUAGCUCAAGGCUAACUGGUGCUUGCUUCGGGGGCAGUGGUGAUUUAGCCAACAGCAUCAUCCAUUCGGUUGCGGCUAGCUAGUUGCGAUCCGGUGUUAAGGUCCAAAGAUUCAGUUAUUCCGGCAGAAAAUCUGAUGUUCUGGGUGAAACCGCUAACGGUGGCUAAUAGCAAGUAGCUAGUUAGCUGGCUAGCUAGUUUCAACUGGAGAUUCUGGAUAAAAGGUAAGUAAAUAAUAGAAUCCGUUCCAUAUUGAGUGAGGCGGUUUGCAGGAAAGUAUAUUUAGUAGAAGGAUGAAAAGUGUCUGAUAUAUAUAUAUAUAUAUAUACGAAAAAAACAAAAAACAGGCUAUUUACACGGACACACUACAGAGUACACGACCGCACUGCUACCCCAUCUUGGCCUACCACUGAGCCGUUGUUGCUCCUAGAUGUUUCCACUUAACAGUAACAAUUCUUACAAUUGACAGGGGCAGCUCUAGCAGGGCAGAAGUUUAACGCAAUGACUUGUUGGAAAAGUGGCAUCCUAUGGCGGUGCCACGUUGAAAGUCACUGAGCUCUUCAGUAAGGCUAUUCUACUGCCAAUGUUUGUCUAUGGAGAUUGCAUGGCAGUGUGCUCGAUUUUAUACACCUGUCAGCAACGGGUGUGGCUGAAAUAGUCGAAUCCACUAAUUUGAAGGGGUGUCCACAUACUUUUAUUUAUAUAUAAACAUGAAGAAUAAAUACACAAUUAGUAGCGAUAACUUGGCUAUAUACACAGGGUACUGAGUCGAUAUGCAGGGGUACGAGGUAAUUGAGGUAGAUGCAGUGCAUUCGGAAAGUAUUCAGACCCCUUGACUUUUUCCACAUUUUGUUACGUUACAGCCUUAUUCUAAAAUGGAUUAAAUUGUUUUUUCCCCCGCGUCAAUCUACACACAAUAACCCAUAAUCACAAAGCGAAAACAGGUUUUUCGAUUUUUUUGCAAAUGUAUUAAAAAUAAAAAAACAGCAAUACCGUAUUUCAAUAUGCAUUCAGACCCUUUGCUAUGAGACUAAAAAUUGAGCUCAGGUGCAUCCUGUUUCCAUUGAUCAUCCUUGAGAUGUUUCUACAACUUGAUUGGAGUUCACCUGUGGUAAAUUCAAUUGAUUGGACAUUAUUUGGAAAGGCACACACCUGUCUAUGUAAGGUCUCACAGUUGACAGUGCAUGUCAGAGCAAAAAGCAAGCCAUGAGGUCGAAGGAAUUGUCCGUAGAGCUCCGAGACAGGAUUGUGUCUAGCCACAGAUCUGCGGAAGGGUACCAAAAAUAUGCAGCAUUGAAGGUCCCCAAGAACACAGUGGCCUCCAUCAUUCUUAAAUGGAAGAAGUUUGGAACCACCAAGACUCUUCCUAGAGCUGGCCGCCCGGCCAAACUGAGCAAUCGGUGGAGAAGGGCCUUGGUCAGGGAGGUGACCAAGAACCUGAUGGUCACUCUGACUGAGCUCCAGAGUUCCUCUGUGGAGAUGGGAGAACCUUCCAGAAGGACAACCAUCUCUGCAGCACUCCACCAAUCAGGCCUUUAUGGUAGAGUUGCCAGACGGAGGCCUCUCCUCAGGAAAAGGCACAUGACAGCCCGCUUGGAGUUUGCCUAAAGGCACCUAAAGGACUCUCAGACCAUGAGAAACAAGAUCCUCUGGUCUGAUGAAACCAAGAUUGAACUCUUUGGCCUGAAUGCCAAGCAUCACGUCUGGAGGAAACCUGGCACCAUCCCUACGGUGAACCAUGGUGGUGGCAGCAUCAUGCUGUGGGGAUGUUUUUCAGUUGCAGGGACUGGCAGAUUAGUCGGGUUUGAGGGAAAGAUUAACAGAGCAAAGGACAGGGAAACCUUGAUGAAAACCUGCUCCAGGCCUCUGCAUGGGGCAAAGGUUCACCUUCCAACAGGACAACGACCCUUAGUACACAGCCAAGACAAUGCAGGAGUGGCUUCGGGACAAGUCUCUGAAUGUCCUUGAGUGGCCCAUCCAGAGUCCGGACUUGAACUCGAUCGAUCAUCUCUGGAGAGACCUGAAAAUAGCUGUGCAGCGACGCUCCCCAUCCAUCCUGACAGAGCUUGAGAGAAUCUGCAGAGAAGAAUGGGAGAAACUCGCCAAAUACAGGUGUGCCAAGCUUGUAGCGUCAUACCCAAGAUGACUCGAGGCUGUAAUCGCUGCCAAAGGUGCUUCAACAAAGUACUGAGUAAAGGGUCUGAAUACUUAUUUAAAUGUGUUAUUUCCGUUUCUUUAUUUGUAAUACAUUUUUUAAAAAAAUAUGUGUGGGGGGGAAACUAUUUAAUCCAUUUUAGAAUAAUGCUGUAACGUAACAAUAUGGAAAAAGUCAAGGGGUCUGAAUACUUACCUUAUGUACAUAUAGGUAGAGGUAAAGUGACUAGGCAAUAGGAUAGGUAAUAAACAGUAGCGUAUGUGAAGAGUCAAAAUAAUUAGUGCAAAGAGGGUCAAUGCAGAUAGUCCGGGUAGCUAUUUGGUUAAUUAUUGAGUAAUCUUAUGGCUUGGGGGUAGAAGCUGUUCAGGGUCCUGUUGGUUCCGGUCUUGGUGCAUCAGUACCACUUGCCGUGCAGUAGCAGAGAGAACAGUCUGUGACUUGGGUGGAUGGAAUCUUUGAGAAUUUGUAGGACCUUCCUCUGACACUGCCUGUUAUAGAGGUCCUGGAUGACAGGGAGCUCAGCCCUAGUGAUGUACUGGGUCGUACGCACUACCCUCUGUAGCGCCUUGCGGUCAAAUGUCAAGAUAUUGCCCGUUGCGAAGUCCAGCAUCCAGUUGCAGAGGGAAGUGUUCAGUCCCAGUGUCCUGAGCUUAGUGAUGAACUUGGAGGGCACUAUGAUGUUGGACAGCUGGGUUUCUUUUUGUCAUCCGUGAUAGUUUGCAAGCCCUGACACAUCAGACGAGUGUCAGAGCUGGUGUAGUAUGAUUCGAUCUUAGUCCUGUAUUGACGCUUUGCCUUUUUUAUGGAUUCCUUAUAUGCGUCCGGAUUAGUUUCCUUCAUUGCGGAUGUUGCCUGUAAUCCAUGGCUCUUGGUUGGGAAAUGAAACGGGCCAGUCAGCUGUCUGAUGGCUGCUGGUACUCUAGCCCUGAGUUUGACAGCCAUGUACAGGAAUGGCAAGUGGCAACAUACAAUGACUUUAUCAGAUAAGGACAACAUGUUCAUGGAUAAUUGAUUGAGGGUGGUAACUUCCUAUACUGUAGAGCUUACUACACUGUCUGUGAACUCAUGAAAGUGCUGUCAGAGUUCAACUCUAGAUCCAGCCAGCAGAGGGCGACUGAGGACUGCAGAAUAAAGACUACACAACCACCCAUACAAAUAUAAUGUAUUUCUUGAAUCAACCAUGCAAAGCAGCCAUUACAAGGUUAACGCACACUGACUGACUGGCCCCUCCACUAGCCUGUGGCUUUGCAAGGAGGAGAGCGAGGAGGAAUGGAUUCAACAUUCCAGGAGGACAAGAGACUUCCUUAUCCUUACGGCUCAGUUGAACCCUGCUUACUCAUUCCCCCUCUCUUCGUUCUUGCUGCUAUUCCCCUUCUCUCUCUCUUCUCACUCCUAAUGAGUGUUUGUAGGGUUGACAAUAUGUAUCCUGUAAGAGGAGGACAGGCCUGAGAGGUGAGGGUGAGAAGAGAACAGGGGGAGUCACAGUAGAAGGAAAGCAGGAUAAGGCGAAUACACACACACACACACACACACACAGGAGUGCAGCCUGUGUCAGUGUAUAUGGCUGGUAGUUUGCUAUAUAAAGCCAGUGUGUCCCUGUGGAUGGCACAUGCUGUGGAUUAGGGCGGAAGGAAGGUGUGGGGAACGGGGUAUGUAAUAAGCUUCCCCUCCUGUCCCCAAUGGGGAGAGCACAGGAAAGAAAGAGAGCCAAAGAGAGGCAGAGAAAAGAGGGGAGCACAGGAAAGAAAGACUGCCAAAGUGAGGGAAAGAAAAGAGGGAGGAAAGACAACCAAGCGAGCUGAGGCUCUAAUUUCAGCCCUCUAGCCCUUCUCCCUUCUUUACAUCCCUUUGUACCCUCCCUCCUCUUUCCCGCUCUUCUUGUUCUGUUGUUAUUCUUGGUUGUCUGUUUCUGUUCCUGUUGCUCAACUUAUGACUUUGGUCAUAUGGCCCUCCAAGAGUCCUGUGUAGAUCAGCUGUAACCAUGCAGUGCUGAGUGUGUGCAAUCAUUUCACUGCAGUAGUUUUGGACUGGGGUGUUUAUUAUUGACAAGUCUAUAGCAUACAUCUAAUUGUGCGUGUGUGUGUGUUCCAGGGGCUCAGAUCAUAGACCUGAUGAUGCUGGUGGUAGACGUGGUGAAGGGGAUCCAGACCCAGACAGCAGAGUGUCUGCUGAUAGGAGAGCUGACCUGCCCCCGCAUGGUGGUCAUUCUCAACAAGACUGACCUGCUGCCGCCCAACAAGAGACAGACCGCCAUCGACAAGAUGACCAAGAGACUGCACAAGACCCUGGAGAACACCAGGUAACACACACACACACACACACACACACACACACACACACACACACACAUAGUCAUUCUAACCCUCGUUUCAUCCCCUGUUGGCCAGAUUUAAAGACUGUCCUGUGAUUGCCGUGGCAGCGAAGCCUGUUGGUCCUGAAACAGAGGAGCCCCAGGGAGUGCCUGACCUAAUAGAGGUAAAGACCCUGAACACACUGGUGACCAAGGAUGUGCCUGCACUGUUAGCGGUUUUGGUUAAUAUUCUGACUAGACAGGACAAACCCAUUUUCACGAUUUCUGGUAUAUCAUCAAAAUAAAUUAAUCACAGCACGUUUUUGGACUCAUUCAGCAGUUUGUACCUGGUUAAUUAGAAUACUAUUGGAAAUUAAUGUUGAAAGCAAACAUUUUUAUUCCUAAAACAUACAUUGAAAAUUAUGCUGUAGCUGAUUCCUGUUGACAAUAACUUUUGAUAAAUAGCCAAAUGUCAACACCGUUUUGAAGUGUCCAAAUCAAUAAUCAAUAGAUGCAAAAACAGUUUGUCAUAUAUUGAAAACCUAAACAUAAAAUGUACUACCUACACAUACAUGUACCACAAUAAUAAUCAUAUUACUUGUAUUUUCUAUCAACGAGAACCUUAUAAACUGCAUAUGCACCAAAAACCCUUUUGGUUUGACAAGUGGCAAUAAAUCACUCAUAUUGAUUAGGGGGGAAAUCAGGAAUAUGCGCAACAAAAAACACACAGGAACUGGAAAUAUUGUUUACAUCACUGGUUAGAGGACAACCUGAUGAAGACAGCCAGAUACAUUUUGGAGUGAUGCAUUUUGAUUUGGGGUUCGCCAAAAUGGAAAGAGAAACGCAACACUUAUUUGCCAAUCACUCAUAAUCAAUAUCACGUUGAAAUCAAUAGAACGAGAGGGGGUAGUCAGGUUGCACGUCCUGAUUGAACACUACUGAAAAAACACAUAAUCUGGUAUGCUGUAUCACUGGUUAUAGGACAACUUGUAGAAAACAUCCAGUUACAUUUUUUAUUUUGUUAAAGGGAUACUUCGGGAUUUUGUCAAUGAGGUCCUUUGUCUACUUCCCCGGAGUCAGAUGAACUUGUGGAUAGCAUGCUAGUAGAUACCCAUAGAUUUCCAGUCAUUGCGCUAACGCUAGUUAGCAUUGGCUCACGAAACUACCUCUUAACUUCCUUCAUACUGGACACAGAGACAUAAAAAUGGUAUCCACAAGUUCAUCUGACUCUGGGGAAAUAGAUGAAUUGUCAACAACCCGAAGUAUCCCUUUAAUCACUCAUAUCUGUACCAAAUUGAAAUCAAUAGAGCGAGGCAACGUUUGGGUUGUAGGUGCUGUUUGAACUAACACUAUUCAAAGGCCACACUGAGUAUGAGAAUAUUUUUUAUUUCACUAGUUAUAAGAGAAUUUGCUACAGACAGUGGUCUACAUUUUGGAAUGUCGGAUGGAGAUUCUGGGAGGCUGCCGACACGGGGAAGAAACAAAUCAGUUACUUUGUUAUUUAACUUAAAUGAAUAACGACCCGGCAUAUGAUAUCAACGCUGACAAAGUUUGGCUGUUAUUUAAGUGAUCUUGUGUAAUCGUAAAACGUGAGCUUGUGUAAUCUAGUAACACAUACUGUCCACAUCAUGGAAAGUAGCGUAAUGUAAAUUAAUUAAAUGUGGCUAAAAAAUGCUAUAUCUUAAUUUAGCAUUAUUGUUAAUGAAGCAAACUCACAGAUUUUUACAAUAAUCACCAUAUAUUUCUCACUAGUUUAACCAUUUAGAGAGUUAAAUGCUCUCCAACACAUUAUUACCAGGCGCUCUAGACUAGAGCUUCCAUAGUGUCUGUGCAGCAGCCUGAACGUUCCACGUUGCUAUUCUGACUGGUGUGGAGAUACUUUCAAUGAUACAUACAGUAUCCUUAAUUGAAAUGAUACUGUAAAAGGUAGAUAUCCUAGAACAAAGAGGUAUAUGACAGACACUGUCAUAGGUCAGGGAGUUCUGCCCUAUGAUUAAAACACGAGACACUGUCAGGAAGUGUUUAUGAAACCACAGGAUACACAGACUCAACACUAAGAUAUGGUUCUGAAUAGGACUGGCCCUCUGCUCUGUGUGUGACUAGCCUGAAUCAUACUCAUGCCUACGAUGACCGUACAAUGUUAUGACAGCAGUUUUGACUUUGCUCCGUAUGUGUGUCUCCCCUAGCUGUUGAAGAUCCAGACGUACCUCCCUCACAGAGACCCGGGGGGAGCCCUGCUGAUGGCCGUGGACCACUGCUUCUCCAUCCGCGGUCAGGGCACGGUCAUGACCGGAACUAUUCUACAGGGGGCGCUAGCUGUCAACGACACUGUGGAGAUCCCAUCGCUCAAGGUACGGUCACUGACCACAGAACAUUGAUUUGCAUGACCACUGAAAGUCUUGAUCAGUGGUUCUCAAUCUGCUAAGUCUAUUGACCAGCAACAAUUAUUUGUGAUAUUGCUGAUUAUUAUAGCGCGUUAGUCAAUUUAAUUAGUUCUAUUUUUAGUUAAAGUGGUUUUAGUUCAUACUAUUGUUUGUCACUUUAUAGGACCACAUUAACUAAAAUUAGAACCAUGGCAUGCUCAUAGUCCCUGCUUCCAGAAAGGUGGAGAAUCGUUGAUGCAGUAGAAGAACCCUGAUUCAGAUGACCUGGACAGCACAAGGCUAGAGUAGAAGCUACGGAGUUCAUAAGUUGACUGGAGGAGGAGGGAAGGAAAGAGGGAUGGUAGUGUGGGGGUGGAGGAUGUGUCUGUGUGUUUUUGGAGGGAGCAGGAUGGGGAGACUGGGGAGGAGGGGUGGGGAUUGACAGUACAGGAGCUGACUAAUUUAGACCAGAUGCAGUCACUCACACUUGUUUGUAGGCCAGCCUAGUCUAAACACCAGCUUAUUGUAUUGAACCUUACUAUCAACUGGUGUCAUUAUAACAUCCUCCAUCAGGUGGCAGCAAAAGCCUGGAAAAACCAGCAGGCUUGUCUCAGCAUUCAGUGUCAGAGAAGAAUGGUGGUUAGGCCACACCGACCAUACUCACCCACUCUCCCUCACACAACAACACAACAAACAAUAAGAGUAGGUUAGUUUGAUUGUCUCUCUGUGUUUGUCCUUUAACCCCUAGGUGACCAAGAAAGUGAAGUCAAUUCAGAUGUUCCGGCUGCCGGUGUCUGGGGCCAUGCAGGGUGACCGCGUGGGCGUGUGUGUGACCCAGUUUGACCCCAAAUUACUAGAACGGGGGGUGGUGUGUACCCCUGGAUCCCUACACACCCUCCACGCAGCCCUCAUCUCCGUCAGAAAGAUUGGCUACUUCAAGGGUUCCCUGGCCACCCGAGCCAAGUUCCACAUCACCGUGGGCCAUGAGACUGUCAUGGCCAGGGUCACGUUCUUCGGUCUGCCCCCUGGAGGAAGCCCCCAGACCCCCACCACGGACCCCCAACCACCUCCCUCCGACCCCCACUCCCCUCAGCCAGACCCCAGCCCCCUGAGCAAACCUUUUUCCUUUGACCGGGAGUACUUCCACCAGGACGAGUAUGUGAUUGGCCAGCGGGCGGCCGGAGGGGCUGGGUCAGACCCGGAGCAGUGGGCGCUGCUGGAGUUUGAGCGACCGGUCACAUGUCCCUCUCUCUGCCUGGUGAUUGGCUCCAAGCUGGACACAGACAUCCACGCCAACGCGUGCCGGCUGGCGUUCCAGGGUCGUCUGCUGGAGGGCUUUGAGGAGAAGAACUACUCUGAGACUACACUACCCAGACUACACAUCUACAAGACCAAACACAAGGAGGGACAGGUGGAGAGGGUGAGUGGACGCCCUGCUCGCCUCUCUCUGACUCCCCUAAUAGUCUGUACACCCUCCCCUCCCAUCACCCUUCAUGGAUCUCUGUCCUUGCUCCUUUGCCCUCUCUCUCACCCCUCUUCUCCCUCUCUCUCUCUGGUCCUUGUUUGGAUUUUUCAUUGCUGGUGGUGCUGGAGCGUGUUGCAGGGACUGAGCUCCCAUUGUGCACACACACAGAGUCCCUGGGGCGGUGCGGGAGGGAGGCGUGGAGAGGUAUGCGGGGCCUUGGCCUGUGCUGGGAUGUGACACAGGCGUGUGGCCCUCUGAUGCCAGUGGCAGCAGCCAGACAGACUGGUGCUGUUUGGACACACCUGAGUGGCACAGGAAUAUACCCAUAUGACUCUGCAUUCUCCCAGACCCACACUCUAGCCUCUGCUCUCUCUCUCUUCUCUCUGCUCUCUCUCUUUCUCUGCUCUCUUCGCUCUCUCUGCUCUCUGCUCUCUUCGCUCUCUCUCUUUCUCUGCUCUCUCUGCUCUCUCUUUCUCUGCUCUCUGCUCUCUUUGCGCUCUCUCUGCUCUCUCUGCGCUCUCUCUUUCUCUGCUCUUCGCUCUCUCUGCUCUCUGCUCUCUCUGCUCUCUCUGCUCUUUUUUUUCUUCUUUCUCUCUCUUUGUGUCCUCGAGCCGUAAUGUUUUUUUGUCUCUGACCUUUACCCUCUUUCUCCCUGGCUCCAUCUCACUCUUGUAAUAUCUUUUUGUCAUUUAAUUCUGUUGUUCCUCAGUUUGUCUUCCCCCUUUUGGCUCAUAAGAGUCUUAUCUGCCUCUUGUUGCUCCUGUCUUUCUGUGUCUGUCUCUGUCUGUUUGAGUGUUGUCUGCCACCCAGCAGCAGCCAGCAGUGUGUCUGUGUGUACACACCCUCUGUCAGGGUCGCUAACAGGUCAGAGGUCAAGUGUGUGGACAAGUUUUACUGCUGUUAGCACCUCAGGCUGUCGACAGCCAGCCCCACAGUUACACAGCAGUCCUUGACCCUGAGGUUGACCCUCUCAGACUCCGUUCAUGGGGGUGUGUGUGGGUUCCCUCACAUAAUGAGGAAGUCCUGUUUGUUUUUUUGUCUUCUAAGAGGACACAUACCUGAGAUGUUUGAAUGUUUGAGAUAUGACUGUGUCUUUAAGUCAUGCCUUUGUCCCAGUGUGUCUGACAUGUGUACCAACUGUAGCUUAUCAGUGGUCACGCUUCAGUCAGAACCCAACGUCAGAGAGAGAAAGGGAGCGAAGGAGGGAGGGUUAAGGAAAGAGAGCGGGAAGGAAGGGACAGAGGGGGAGAAGUAG